AUGAGCACAACUGGUGCUAUGUCCCCAAGGAGACAAAGUUUGAUGACCUAGGAAGUCUAGAAAUCAAAACAGGCUUGUAAAAUUUGGAUCUUAAAGAAAAUUAGAUAAUGGGACCAAAUUUUCAACAACAUCAAAUUUCUCUAGAUUCUUCACUUAAUUACCAAAAAAUGGCGAAAACUCGAAUAAGAUGCAAUAAAAAUCUAGCUAAAGAGGAGCAAGUCAAAGCAAUUUGAUUCUCAAAGACUUAACUACAACCAAAGAUCAGCUGGUAACUUAAUUAAUGAAAAUUUUGCGUUAAAUAUUCUUAUGUAGUUGAAAAGUCAACUUGGAAAGGUAGAAUUCGAACUAAAUUCAAAAUAAAUGAUGUUAGAAAAGUUUCAAAAAGAAUACGAAUUGAUAAUGAAGUAAAAGGCUGCUCCCUUAAAUAUCAGUUAACUUUAGUCCUCGAGAUAUUUGGAUUUUUAGCAUUCACGAUUAUACUCAUCCUAGUCGAUGAGAUCUAUUAAUGGAAGACUAGUUGAGAAUUCUAUUCACAAAGGUUAUGACAAUUAUCUAAACUCCUAAUCUAUGGAAUAACUAGAAGAAAAACUUGAGUUUCUGAAAGUCAAACUUGAUUAAAUAAGAGAUUUUGAUAUCGAAGAAACUGCUGAGUCUUUAAAAUUGGAAUUAGUAGGUCAAAGAUUGAAGAAAUAAAAACUCUUUGACUAUUAAAAAUACUAGCAUACAGUACCUGAAUUCAGAAAGAUUAUAAACAUGACUGAUAGUAUGAAGCAAGCUUUUUUCUUAAGCCAGACUUCAAUGAUUACAUCUGUUUCAGGAUUUUAAAGAUGCAAAGAGAAUUUGCUAGAUAUCAAAAUUAAGAAUAGAGAAAAAAUUAAAAUCAAAUAAUAAGAAUAGUAGCACCAUGAAAACGAGGUGAAAGCUAUGAAAUUUAUGGUAACAUAAAAAUCUAACAAAUACUAAGAAGCGAAGAAAUUGCUUGAGGAACUUAAGAGGAGAAAUAGAGAGAUAAAUAUUGACUAAAUGAAAUAGGAUUUGUAUAAAAUAAGAGUUUCAGAGCUCUUGAAACUGAUUGAUGCCUUAUUGUUAGCUGCUUUACUGAGGUAUUACAAGGAUCACUAAGGCAAAAUUGAGGCUUCAGACUAAAAUUUAGAACUCUUUGAACUUAAGAUGUCUUUUGACUCUCACUAAUCGGAGAAGACCAACUACUCAAAGUUCUAUUCAUUUGAUGAUAUGACGCCAGAAAUCAGCAUUCUUGUGCAAUAAAAGUUUAACGUGCUAUAAGAGUUUGAAAAUUUUAAUGGGGAAAAUCUUCAAAAACUAUCAGAAUUUAUUGAAGAAAAAACAGUCUAUAACUAAUCACUUCAACUAAAAAGCAAAGAGAUAACAAUUGAAUUGUCAAAAAGGAAACAAUACAUCGAAUCACUUAAUACCUAGCUAGACUAUGCCAGAUUUGAACUUUCUAGAAAACAGAAUAACAGCAAUGAUAGCUAAAAUAUUGUAUUAACACCAAAACUAACUAAAAUGAUCUAAGAAUCUGAUGAUACUUAGUAUAUCUAUUACCAAAAGCUCUAUACAAAGCAGUAAUUAGCAACAUUAUAAUCUAUGAUUGAGUCAAAAUAAAGCAAAAUUGAAGAUUAUCGGCAGUUUGUAAAGAAUCUAAAUUUGAAACUCAGUGAUAUGGUUCUAAAGUUCUCAGCAAAACUACUUAAGAUAAGAGAAUAUUUACCUUAUAACUUGAUAAGUGAUCAUUUUCCUUAAUAGCUACUUUAGAUUUUAGGGACAUACUAAAAGAUAAGUAAAAAGAAGACAGCUUCAUCACCCCCUAUUCAUAUUUAGAAAGCCUCAAAUAUUAAACUUGAAAUAAAUAUUGCACCAUAAAGUGCAAGGAAAAAAUCUGAUUAAUCUGAUGAUGAUGCAUCUACUAUUAAAAAACUUGAGGAUGACUCAGAUAAUGAAGAUUCAUUUGCCAAGAGAGCAUAAGAUGAGAUAAAGCAUUUGUAAAAGAGUGCUAACGAACUGAAAGUUUUAAAAAAGACUAAGCAACUUGAAAACCAAAUGAAUCUAAAGCAAAGUAAAUAGCAAGAUCCUGAUUCAGAUUAGAGUCAGCUGUUUAUAAAAAAGACAAACCCUAAAAAGGCAGAACUUUAGGAGUUAUGGAGGAAAAUUGAGGAGCAGUAGAAAAUGCUUGACUAACCAUUAGACACAGCGAAUACUCUGAAACUAACUCUAUAAAAGGCUAUCAGGAAAUUGGUAGAAUCAUGCAAAUAAACUCUUCAUCUUAAAAUGCUUGUCUUUUAGAUUGACUUUAAUAGAUGUGAUUUACUCGAUUUGCUGAGCUGUGAUAAUCUUGAGCUUGAAGAAUAUGAAAUUUCUUAAAGAAAAUUCAAUAAGCACUAUGAUGAAUGCUAUUAAAAGCUUAAUUUUGAAACUAGAAAUUUCAAAAAAGCAAAACUCACUAAGGCUUAGACAAUCUCUGAAUUGGGAGAAAAUUAAGAAUACAAUGAAAACUCCUUCUUAAAUCAUUAAUAUGAAAAAGAGAAAAAUGAGUUUGAAAAAAGAUUAAAAGAAAAGCUCUAUGGUAAAAGAAAGAAAAAAAGUAAAUAUACUAUAAAGGAAAGAAAAAAAAUACGAUUCUUUAAUGGUCUUCAUAAAAGAGGUCUCAAUCCAGAUAAAGUUAGCUCUCAUCAGACUAAUGUCUAGUAUACUCAAGUUUUUAAAACAAUCAGCAAUUACUAGAAAUCUGAAACAAGAUUCAUUAACAAGAUGGUAAAUGAGUUUGAUGAAGCUGCAAAAAAGAUUAGCACAGCUAGCGGAUAUAUUCCAUUACCUAAGAAAUGGUCUCAAACUAGUAUGAGCUAAUCACCAAAGCACGAAGCUAAGAGGCAAGAGACUGUUAUUGUGGAUACUAGAAAGGCAACUUUCUAAGGUUCCCAAAAUCUUAAUUUUUCUAAUGCAGUUGGUGUAUCAAAGUUUCGAACCAAUAGUGGUAAAAGAGCAAGUAUAAGAUCAAAUACUUAGUAAGCUCUGGGGAGGAGAAAAGAAGAAACCCCUUAAAGUGUUACUGAUGACUCACAAAGUGAUAAUUUUGAGACAAAGAGUGAAGAAGAGAGGAGAAAGUAAAGAAUUUAAACUCUAAAGUCUCGUUUCUCAAUUGCAAGGGGAAUGAGUUAGGUAAUAAAUAUCCAGAGCAUGGAUACAUUCAAGUUUCCAAACCUUUAAGUACCAAUGAAUGUUAUCCAUGAGCAUAAAAGGGGUUUAAGUAACGCAGUAAGCUUAAAUACUUUACAUACACCAUUAACAGCUCAAAGCUAAGGCACAACCAAUGUACCGAAUCAAAGUAAUAGUCAAAGUAACACUAGAAAUAUAUCAACUGGCAAUAAAAAUUAGUCAUAAUGGUUCAACAAUAAGUCUCACGCCAGACCUUUUAACUUUAAGAUUAUCAAGGACAGAAAUCUAAUUAAUUCUCAGGCAAAUCAUUCAACUUAGUUAAACACACAGUCACAAGUGCUUUUAGAUCAAUAGUAUAAAAGUUUUAAUAUGAGGAUCAACAAAACAAAUCAGACCAGCACUUUAAAAGCUAUUAAUUCUGAUAUUUCUAAUCUCGAAUUCUAAAACGAUAAUGGAAGAAACAGUGUUCAUUAAGAGUAAGAUGAUCCUUCAAAUAAAAUAGAUGUAUCUCAAUCUCCUGAAAGGAAAAAAUUAGUUGUGUCUGCAAAUCCAGGAAAGAGGUUCGAAAAGAUAUCUAAGAUUUAUGAUAGAGAAGUAAAGUCAAGAGGAUAAAAUAUUAGAUUAUAUCUAUGA